AUGAAGGAUGAAUAUGCUGAACUUACUACAAUAGGUACAUCAAGUUCAUCAGCUAAUAGACGAUUACUCUUUCUGCACAAGAGUGAAAUAACUAAAUCUUACAUUGAUUAGACUAAAUAAAUCUGCAACUAGUAGAAAAAAAAGAAAUAGCCUUUUCAAAAGAGAUAUGAUUAAGAGCAAGAGAAGAAUGAGAGUAUUGAAAUAUAGAAGGGUCUAAUGAAAGUGGAAAUUUUGGAUUGGUAGGGUUUCAUGGAUCAAGAGUAGGAUAUGAUAAAUAAAGUGAAUAAUGAGGAAGAGCAAUAAAAAACUUUAAAGACGCCUUUAACUUUUAAGUGUAAAACCAACCCUUGUAUCAAACAGAUUGGGAAUGAUCGAUUUAAUUAUUUCUACAAAAUGAAAUUGGCUAACAAGUAGUUGUCUGCCAUAAGCACCUAGGACUUUUUGAAAAGCGUUAGGCACUCUUAAAAACUGGAUGAUUACACAAAACUAUACAAACAAUAACCACACAACCUCUACAUGAGUCUCAAUUUUUCACAGCCUGAGAGGAUGCCGAAAACUUUUGGAUUGAUAUAAAAUACACUACAAUUAACAAAUGCCAAUGUAAGUCAUUCUUUAAGGAAUGGCGAAGAUUGUAAUGCUUUUUCCAAUGCGAUGCUUACAUAGCAAAGCAGGUAAUUAUAGGUAAUGCAAUUAAAUCAUAAUUAAUUUACUCCAAACCAAUUGCGCAACAUACUGCUAACUUUCCCUACUACUCUGAAGGAUUUGGAAUUGCAGAAUUGUAAACUUAACUAUAUGCAUAUGGAAGUGUUGAUGGCUUUUGCAAGCAAGAAUUAAAUUUAUAAGUUGAAUCUUGAAAACAACAACAUUCGAGAUUUGGGGUGCCAAAUUAUUAUGAAACAUCUCCUAACAAAUAACACUCUUCAAUGCAUCAAUUUGAACAAUAACCACAUUACAGAGUGUGCUUGUAAUGCCAUCUCAAAUUUACUUAAGUAAACAUAACGUCUCUUGGAAUUGUAUUUAGGCUAUAAUUUCUUAAACGGUAGUGCAGGCACUAUCAUUUGGAAAGCCAUGUACAAAAACACUAGUAUCAAAAUUCUGGAUCUAUCUCACAAUACGAUAGCCUCUUUAGAAUGUGCUUAAUCAAUUAACAAAGCGAUCUCUCGGCCAUACAACGAAUUAUUGCACGUUGAUCUCUCGUAUAAUAAAUUUACCAGUCCUUAAGCUCAAUUAAUUUCAGAGGCACUACAAAAGAAUGAAACUAUUUAUGGAUUCCAUUUUGAAGGCAAUCAGUAAGAACUAUUUGUCAAUCCCAAUGGAUUUUUAAUUAAUAGUGUUUAAUCAUUCAAAUAAAGACAGGAUAAGUUAUAACUAUUAUAUAAAUAGCCUUAAUACUUUAAAUUAUUGGAUGAACCUAAAAAGGAAAAUCUGCUUAUGAAAAGGGAAGAGAUACUAAUAAUGCCAUUUAGUAGAUCAAGAAAAAUAAGAUCUACAAAAUUGAAUAAAUAAAAUUUUAAUGAAAUCAAUCGUCUUGAUACUUGCUGGAUUUGUGAAGGAUGGUAGGAGAUUAAAUUUGAAUGGACUGCUCAUAAAUCUGGCAGUCUCUACAAUGAACCUAUUUUUAUCCAUUUUGAUUUUGAAGAAUAUCGACCUCUUUUGAUGACGUUUUUAAAUAACGAGUUCUUUUAUGUUAAAAUGUGUCCACCAAAUAAGGAAAUCCACUAUUUCUUUACUAAUCCAAUCUUAAGCAUUCAACAACCAGCAAUGGAUCAAAAUAUUAAAUAAAUGAAUAUUUAAUCUAUUCCAUUUUUGUACAACGAUGAAAUCUUAGUAGAUGGGAAUGUCAUGGAUUAAGUUAACGUAUAUCAUAAAAAUGACAAACAAAGGUUAUUUGACAAGUAUAUGCCAAUGGUACAAUGCAAACCCAGAGAACCAUUAGCCAAAUUUGACUUCUCUCCUUAUCUUAACAUAAAAAAGCAUUGUUGGUCAGUUGAAAAUUCUAUCUUCAAACAUUUCUAACCUGAUACACCUAGUUUGAUUGAUGAAUGCUUUGAAUUUGAUUUUCAAAACUCCAAAGUCACUCGUUUAGUUAAAGAUACUGAAUUGAAUGAAAUAAAGGAUAAUCUUAAAAUACUCUACCGUCAAUUAUUCCAUUGUUACAAAUAUCAUGCAUCUGGCUCACUUAAUACACCUAUUCCAUGUAUCACCAUUUAGGAUUAUAUCGAUUUCUUGCUUCAAACUUCAUUAUUGGAUGGUUAUAAGACUAAUGACAUAGACAUCAGCUUUACGUCAACAGCAGGUGCAAAAGACGUCUAAUUCCCUUAAGCCUUUGAUAAAGGAUUGGUUCGUUGCCAGCUUUUGGAAAUCAUGAUCAGAAUGUGCAAUGAUAAAUUCAUUAGAUAAGGUACUUGCGCAACUAUGAGUGAAGCCAUUUGUCUAAUCAACAAACAAGCUCAAGAAUACUUCUCCAAAUUUGAUUAGGCUCAAAUGUGGAGAAAGAGUAGAUUGUGGAAUUAGAAAUGCGAUAUCAUUCUCAGUGAUCGUUUAGCCAUGUUGAAAUCCUUAUUUAAGUAUAUAAGUCGGUUGAGUAAGAAGGACAAGUAAUUAUACAAAUAUGAUUACAUUUCUGUACAAGAUUUCAAAGAUUGGAUUGUACAAUGCAAAUUAAUAUGCGAUGAUCUUAGUGAGAGAGAAUGCUACUUGAUCUACUUGCAAUCUAUGAUCACUUAGAAGGAUGAACUUUAUUCAACCAAACAUUAUCAAAUGAACUUCCAUGAAUUCAUUGAAGCCAUAGGUAGGUUGGCUGAAAAGUUAUCCAUCAUUAGAGGUGACAAACCCCUUGAUGUUGAAGACAGAAGACCUUUUGAUUUGACCUCCAAAAUAGAUGGUUUCCUCCUUCUUCUUUAUCUUAUUAUUGGCAAUGAUAUGAAGUAGGCUUUGACAACAAAUGAUCCAGACAUUAGAGGUCUUGAUAAAUGUAUGAUAAAUGAUUUCAAAUCCUUGAAAUAGAAACUAGAAGAUUCAUUCACUGAUGGCGAUGAACCUCCGUAUGAUCCAAGGGUUGAACUACCUCAUCUAUAGAGUCAAAUUACUAAUUUAUUGGGCAAUACUAUAGGGGGCAAAAAACAAACCCUAAGAUAAUAACUUAAAUAAGUUAAAAGAGAAGAACAAAAAUUCUCUCUCAUUAAUUUUGUUCAAUAUUUUAAGAGUAUUUAAUAAGUUCAUGUGGAUCAUGAUGAUUGA